CUUAAGCUGGCUAAAUCUUUUUCCAAGGAUCAAAAUUGGGAUUUAAAAUCCGCCACAUGUAUAAGAUUUGCUCCUAAUUUUAAUAUACCAGAUCGUCUUACUGAUAUCUUGUGCGAUUUUAAUCCAUCCAGGAUUGGCGCUUCAUGAAAUAAUUUUAUACGAGCGUGUACCAGUGCGUCAUCGGAUCGAUCUUUUCAAUUCACCUCCAUUCUCACUCUUUUCCCGAGAAACUGAUACACGAUGGAAACGAUUUGAGUGUCGGUGUUGUAUAUGUGUGCCAGCCCGGAGGGUCAUCGAUUACCAUUCGCCGCAGGCGGAAAGGAGAGAGCGUAUACAGUUCGCGAGUGUCACACAGUGUGCCCGCGGUUCUUCAGUUGUUCGUCUCUUUUUCUCAUUAAGGGGGAUCACGGGCGACAAGAGUGCCAGAAAACGGAGGAGGCGCGAGUGAAAUGACGUGGUCCGGUAACGCGGUUAAUUUCGCGAUAUCCAGCGUCGGAGAUCUCGCGGCGACGACGCGAGCCGAGCGCGCGCGAUAUCUCUUCGCCGCGCGUGUAUACGCGCACGCACACACGCGUGAGCAAUUCAAUUAAGGAAGCGCGGACGUGCGUGCCCGCUCGCUCGCUCGCUCGCGUGCGCUCGCGUGCGCUCGCGAGCCCGAGAUCGCGCAGCGAGAUAAUUUACGUUGUACUCCGCCCCGUGGGAUGAAUGAACGUGACCCACGCAUUUUUUCCUCCCGCUCGGGUCGCGACGCCGAGAGAAGAAGAAGGAAGAGGAGGAAGGGCGGAGAGAGAAGAAGAGCCAAGGACCGCGCGGAGGGACGUGCGCGGGCACGUGUGCGCUCGCGUGAAUCGAGCGUUUUUUUUUUACGGUAAUUUAAAGCGCUCCGUGCGCCCCCGAUAAGGCCCGUUCGUCGUGAUAGCCGAGCGCCGAAGCGCUUAUCCUUCCCUUGCGAAGGAGAAUCGAAUCUGCGACUGCCAGACGUACGUAUACGUCGACGUCCGCGUUCGUAGCGCGUGUUGUAUUUUCAUGUGAUUCAUUCAUCGAGAAUGUGAGGAACGAGGAAGACAACGACGUGUUGCGCACCGAUCGCCCGAGGAUCAUCCGGAGAGAUCGCAGCGCAUCGUGAUAAUCUUUUUCUACCUUAACGUAUCAAGAGAGCGGUACAUACGAUUUCCGAUCUUACUCGGCUUAUUUAUGUGCGAGGAUUGAACGUAUAUAUCUCGACACACAUAUCGGUCCCCGCGGUUUCCCGCGAUUAGCGGCGCGGAAGCGUCUCGCGCAAUUUCACGAGUGAGAUAGUAAAAUCGUCGCCGCCGUCCGAGAGAAAGAGGAGGAGGAGGAGGGACGAGAAGAGGCGAGAAGAGAGAUGUGCCGAGGGCAUCUGCUCAAACGUGACACACGCCAGCAGCGGUCUCUCUCUCCCCCGCGAUGCGGAUAGAUGCGACGUGGGAGGAUCGUUAUCGGGCGGGCAAUAAGGUCGAGAGCAAUUGAACUCUUGGCGCGGCGUCGGUGGAUUUCGCCGCUGAUCCAGAGGAACGGACGAUCCAGAAGACGUCGCCUUCCGUCGGCCAUGGAGAGAAAGAGCGGCGGCGAGGCGCGGCCGAAGAUCGAGAUCGUGCGGGUCUCGUCCAUCGAGCGCAGCAACUUCCGGCCGCUGGACGGGGUGCAGCUACGCGCGACCUACAGCCACGUGCGGGUGGGCACUUACUGCCCGGAACCGGAAGCGGCCGUCGCCAUUGGACCGAUCGAGAACAAGCCGCCGGUCGAGCAGACGCGACGCUUCAAGAAAAAUUUGGGACCAGUAUCAAGACUGCUGAAACGUCGUCAUCACGCGACAUGCCUUGCCACCAAAUCCUGUGAUAACAUUUAUAGCGUGAAUAGGAAUAGUAAUUCUCUGGACUGGAGAGUCAACCAGAACGCCAACGAACAAGAUCUGCAAGCCAGGCAGAGCAGCAGCCUAGACUGGAGAGUAGGAAGGUCCGUCACUUUCGGCUCCAACCGGCUCCAAUGGGGCAACGCGACGCGAAGCGACGAGCAGCUUUCCAGGAGCGCGCCUCUCACUUCCGAUCAUCUUCAGACGCCGAGCACAAGAUCGAAACUUGUGUCGCUAUUGAGACGACUCUCCCCGCGCCUGUCCCGACCGGGAAGCAAGGGCUCGCUGCAAUCGUCGCCGACAAUUUGUCCCUGGGUCCAAGUCGAGUACUCGACGGAAUCGAUCGAGGCCGGCAAGCGAGAGGAGUCGCAGGAGAACGAUGCCAGCUUCCAGCAGGAAUUGCAGUUGAACGAGCUGCGGAAACGGAUGGCCGGGAUUGCUUCCACGUCCCAGGUGAUUGGUAAUCUGCGUAAACGUCCCGUUCCGUCUCGUCACGCGCAAUAAUCGAUAGUCGUCUAAUUACAAGUCUGUCGUCUGAUAACCGGCCCGUCGACUCGCAUAAGGAGAACCGUCGAAAAAUCGCGUCGAUGGUCUUCUACGAAUGGUCGUGCAAAUACGUCGUAAUGAUAAGUACACAAAUGUGCGUAAACAAAUCACGCGUAUGUGUCAAAAAGAGAAGACGUAAUAAUCGCGUAAUAAUAUAAUAUAACAAUAAUUGUUAAUAAAUAAAGAUAAAUGUAAAUUUUUUUUAUUAAAGAUUCUAAUAAAAAAUCAUUCAUAAAAAGAACUUUACAUUUGAUCGUUACUUAACUUAUAAGAUCGAUCGAGCUUCAAAAUUAAAGGGCUUGCUACAACAAUGGGCCAAUCCACAACAUAGCUGAAUAUGUGAUAUUGGUAGGAAUGGAUGUAUUUUCAUCAUUCUAAUUUUAGACUUUUCUUUUCUUUAUUUUUAUUAAAUAUGGGUUAACCCACUGUCAAGCUCUUCAAUCAUUCUAUUUCUUUCGCCUGGUCGCGGGCGAAAGAAAUAGGACAAUACCAUCCUUAAAAACGUCUUUUUAAGUAUGGUGAUUAGGCGAAAGAAAAUGGGACAAUUUUGAAGCUCGACCGAUCAUCCGGUCUUCUUACUGCGGCAGUUAAGCAACGAUCAAUCAGACGAACGGAUUUACGAUCGCUUGAAGAAUGUCCGAUGAAGUCACCCGGAACGGAACUGUAUCGGAAGGUGCGCCCAUUAAUAGCUUCCGGCGCGAUCGCCUGAAAUAGAAUACGCGAGAGGGAAAAGCGCGGUGGAUAAACUCCCCAUUCAAUUUGCCGGGCGACCUAAACCCUCUUAAGGGCGCGCGCUUAAGCCGUUCACCCCGAUUCGCGGCGACGCGCGCGACGCGUUUACAAUCUCGCCGCGGUCGUCACGGUUUUCGCACUA